AUGCAUCCGCCUAGGAACUUAGGACGCCGCAGCCAAAACGUUCCGGCCCCGGCUCUGUGGGCGCGUCUAAAGCGGCGGCUGCCGGGCGCGAUGGGCACGGUGGGCAUAGGGUUGGUGGACUGUCACUGCCACCUCUCCGCCCCGGACUUCGACCGCGAUUUGGAUGAUGUGUUGGAGAAAGCAAAGAAGGCCAAUGUUGUGGCCCUUGUGGCAGUUGCUGAGCAUUCAGGAGAAUUUGAAAAGAUUAUGCAACUUUCAGAAAGGUAUAAUGGGUUUGUUCUGCCAUGCUUGGGUGUUCAUCCAGUUCAAGGACUUUUGCCAGAAGACCAAAGAAGUGUCACAUUAAAGGAUUUGGAUGUAGCUUUGCCCAUUAUCGAGAAUUAUAAGGAUCGAUUGUUGGCAAUUGGAGAGGUUGGACUAGAUUUCUCCCCCAGAUUUGCUGGCACUGAUGAACAGAAGGAAGAGCAAAGACAAGUCCUAAUCAGACAGAUCCAAUUAGCCAAAAGACUAAAUUUACCUUUAAAUGUGCACUCACGCUCUGCUGGAAGACCUACCAUCAACCUUUUACAAGAGCAAGGUGCUGACAAGGUACUGCUGCAUGCAUUUGAUGGUCGGCCAUCUGUAGCCAUGCAAGGAGUAAGAGCUGGGUACUUCUUCUCAAUUCCCCCUUCUAUCGUAAGAAGUGGACAGAAGCAGAAACUUGUGAAACAGUUGCCUUUAACUUCUAUAUGCUUAGAAACAGAUUCACCUGCACUAGGACCAGAAAAACAGGUACGGAAUGAGCCCUGGAACAUUUCUAUUUCAGCAGAAUAUAUUGCCCAGGUGAAAGGGAUCUCAGUGGAAGAAGUUAUAGAAGUGACGACACAGAAUGCAUUAAAACUGUUUCCUAAGCUCCGACACUUGCUCCAGAAAUAGCUUCAAAACCAUACAUUGCAAAAUGGAAUCAACUACAGGGGGCAGCAUUUGAAAAAUAAAAAUGUUCUGAUGAAGAAUUUGAACUCAAGAAGCUGUUUUAUAGGGUUUUAGAAGAUUUUAAUUGUAGAGAAAUAUUUCUCUUAGAAAGAAAACUGGGCUUGGAUCCUAAAACCCUGGGUUCUGAUUCUAGCCUUGUGCUCCUUUUCAGUUAGCCGAGUUCUGGCGGGAUAUUGGGAAAAUACUGUUACUUCUUACAUUGCCCUAUUACAUAGAACCACCAUCUGAACUGAAACCACUGCUUCUGGAAGGGGGGCUCCCACAGGAAGAGCAUAAGCACUGCUGUGAUGAGGAUGGAGUUAGCUAAAGUGUGGUCUUACCACCUGUUUUUCUUCCCAUAGGAUUUAGCCAGUGAAGGGAGAGUGUCUGGUGUCCUAUGCUAUCAGAAAUCUCUUUUCUAGGUUUGUAAAAUUAAACUUUUAAUACUUUGAGUUAUUUCUCUUUAAGAUAAAAAUGUGUAAGGAUUUUACACUGAUCUUAGAUUUUUGACUUAUGAGGCCAGUGGUUUGAAUGAACAAUCAUUAUUAAAUGCAAAGCUCAAAAGUUUAGUUAACAUACCAAUUUUAAGUUCUAGUAUGAAUUUUGUCAACAUAUUUAGAAUGUAAAUGGCAUUGUUAAAAAUGUAUCUGAUUUCCUUGUGAACAGUAAUAUUUUGUAUUUUUAAGUUUAAAAUGUUAGUAUAAGCCAAGCACAGUGGUAUGCACCUGUAGUGCCAGUUACUCAGGAGGCUGAGAUGGGAGGACCCCUUAAGCCCAAGUUUUAGUCCGGCCUGGGCAACCUAGUGAGAUGUGAGAACCUGUCUCUAAAAAGGUAAAUAAAUAAAAAUCUCAGGUGUAUAAACAGUUCUGUAGAUAGAUGGUAGUGAUGGUAGCACAUCAAUGUGAAGGUGUUUAAUGCCACUGAACUGUAUACUCAUAAAGAAUGAAGAUAAUACAUUUUAUGUUAUGUGUAUUUUACUAUAAUUUUUUUUUAAUCUUAUAUGUAGUUUAACAGGUGUGGUCCAUGGCAAAACUUAGGUAUUUAAUCUUGUUAUAUAAGCAGCAAAUGCUGGAAAAAGUACCUGUCAUAGGUAAAAUAAACUUCCCAAAGCCAAGUGA